CAAAAUGGCGUCGAUUGGACGACCAACUGGUCGUUUUCAGGAUGUCGAACUGGAAAAAAAUAUAUUGUUGGCUCUUAAUGAGCAGAGGAACUCAUCUAGAUUUUGCGAUGUGGUCCUCAGAGUUUCUGGUGAACAAAUAUAUGCACAUUCCAACGUAUUGGCUGCUGCUAGUCCGUAUUUUGGAUCAUUUCUUGGUCAAGGUGAAGACAUUCCUCGGGCAUUUUCACAGAAGAAUCCACAAAUAAUUGAAAUUCUGAUAGAUGGCAGUGGGGAUGAGCAUACUUACGGAGAGGCUGUUGGACGAGUAGUUGAUUUUAUGUACACAAGUACGAUUGAACUUACUGCACAAAUUCUGACCCAAGUUUUAGAAAUUGCUAAAAUAAUGCAAAUGAAAAAAAUAAUAAAUUUUUGUGAACGCUUUGAUGAUGGGGAAAUGGGAAAUUACAAUGUACCUGUUACGAAAAAUGAUAUAGCAACAAUGACAGACUAUAUCCAUAAUUUUAAAUACCAAAGUUCUAAAUGGCAAAAAGGAAGCUUGGAUGCUGAGUUUUCAGACAAGCCAAAACCUGUAAGAAAGCGUGGACGCCCACGGAAGAAACCAGCCGAGAGUGAAUCAGAGGAUGAUACUUUUGGUAGCAUUAACCCUGCACAGGAUGAAUGUAAAGAAAAAAUUAACAGUGAAGAUGCUGAUAGUAACAGUUUAACAGAAAUUAAACCUGAUCUUGACGAGAAAGACAAUGUUGUGCAAGAUCUUAACAUUACAUCUGAUCAGAAUCAAGAACACACAGGGUUACGGCGAACUCGAGGUAGGAAACCUAUCACAUCUUUAAUGCUGCCUAUGAGAUCAAGCAGAGUUAAGCGAUUGCACAGUUGUUAUGGCAAAGACUUUGUUAUUCAGCCAAUAAGAAGAGGGCGUCGCUCUGGUCUGAAGUCUGUUGAAAUUAAAACAGAAAAACAAGUUCCUGAGAAUAAGGGUGAAGAAGAUAAAGAUGACACAGAUACAGACUGUGAAACCCGUCAGAAAGAAGGGUUAGAAUAUACAUGUGCAAAAUGCAGUUUUGAAACACUGGAUUUGCUUGAAAUGAGAAUACAUCGGGAAAGUGAGCAUGGGCAGAGACCCAAAACAUACUCGUGUAACUGCUGUUCAUUUGUUACAAAGAGAAAAAAGCAGUACAAAGAGCAUAUGGCUUUUCAUCUUCAUUCCAAAUUAAUAUGUAGCUUUUGUGAUUUUAAAGCAGAUACCGAAGACACUUUUCACCUUCAUCUUGACAAGCACACAGGACCCACACCAUAUUUUUGUAGACUUUGUGAGGCCAAAUUUAAGUCGACCACUCAGCUGAACGUGCAUAUGCAGAAACACAGAGAAGACAAACCCUACGUGUGCGAACUUUGUUCUGCAUCUUUUAGAUGGAAGCAUGCCCUGAAAAACCAUAUGAUCACUCACAAAGCAACCAAAGAUCACCUGUGUGAUAUUUGCGGAUUUGCCACGGCCCACAAGAGUCAACUGAAGGCGCAUCAUCUGAUACACACAGGAGAGACGUUUAAGUGUGAUGAACUGGGCUGCAAGUUCCAGGCUACGAAAAAACAGAACUUAAAAUACCACAUGUUGACUCACACGCACGAAAAACCUCACCAGUGUGAGGUGUGUGGACAGAGUUUCUCGUUGGUCAAGAAUAUGAAGAGGCACAUGUUACUGCACAUGGAAACUCGACCAUACAACUGUGGGGUGUGUACGUUCUCGUCAACGCGUUACGAUAAGCUCAAAGAACAUUUACUGAAACAGCAUGGAAUUGGAGAGGUGCCUGGCAGAAAGCGCAAAAUUACAGACUACAGUAAUCUGAAAGAACAGGCGAAUGGCGAGGAGUUGCCAAUAAUGGAGAUUGUGUCCGAGGAAACUCUACGGACGGCUGCGACAAUUGCAAACAUCAACAUUGUCGAUGCUCAACAGGGAGACACGCAGUUUGUGACGAGUGACGGAAUUCCAAUUAUUACACAAGUUCAGUAUGCUGAAGUCAGUGAUGAGAGUGGAUUGAUUUCUUAUGUAAAUGUAGCUUCUGUGGAAUAGACAGGGAACAUACUUGGAGAUUUCUGAAGGUUCUUUGAAAUAACUUGAAUUCAUUGUUUGAAGAACUUUAUUCAUUUUCAAAAUGGUAAUAAAGUGUAGUACUGCUAUGCAGUACUUAGCAGAUUA